UAUGGCGAGUCAUUAAAAUUUCUGUGCAAUAUAUUUGCUGAAUUUAUAGCAUCUGGUGAUGGAGAGAUGGAUUAAAUUGCGUGAAAUGAGGUUGGGUAUAAAGAUACCCAACAGGCUAGGGCUUCAACUACCAUCUAGGGCACAAAGUGUGGACUUUAGAGAAUAUAGACAGAAGAAACCAUCUGCAAGAUCUCUCCCCACCAAGAAUAGUCCCUCUCGCUCUUUGGUGGCCAGACGUAUGAAAUAUCAUCCAACGCGUAGAAGAACAGAUGAUCCAGCUCAGCAGAGAAAUCUUUCUACAAGGCAAUGUCUGACCAGCUGUGAAAACGGUGUUCAGGAUGAAUCACUGAUUUGUCAACUCUCCAAGAUCCACAUAUUAAAAAGGGCCAAGGCUAGACGGCGUAGGUGCUUAGGUAUCCGAAAGUUGUGUUACCGCAACCGCUACCCGAAGAAGGUCCGGCGCCGCCCUGGUAAAGCCCGCGCUACCCGAAGAGGAAGAUAAGCACGCGUGGGUAUUUAACCUAAAAAUAAAAACAGUUUGUCCAACAAAUCAGAUAGUACUUCAAACUUUAGAAACUAUUUUAUGCUGUGUAGUUAAUUUGUUUGUGCGUUUUGUUGAUUAAAUUGUCUUCAUUUUGUUGUGA